AUGGCGACGCGCUCCUGCCGGGAGAAGGCUCAGAAGCUGAACGAGCAGCACCAGCUCAUCCUGUCCAAGCUGCUGAGGGAGGAGGACAACAAGUACUGCGCCGACUGCGAGGCCAAAGGUCCCCGAUGGGCUUCCUGGAAUAUUGGUGUGUUUAUUUGCAUCAGAUGUGCUGGGAUCCAUAGAAAUCUUGGGGUUCAUAUAUCCAGGGUCAAGUCAGUCAACCUAGACCAAUGGACACCGGAACAGAUACAGUGUAUGCAGGAUAUGGGAAAUACUAAAGCAAGACUACUCUAUGAAGCCAAUCUUCCAGAGAACUUUCGAAGACCACAGACAGAUCAAGCAGUGGAAUUUUUCAUCAGAGAUAAAUAUGAAAAGAAGAAAUACUAUGAUAAAAAUGCUUUAGCUGUUACAAAUAUUUCUUCCUCUGAUGCUCCCCUUCAGCCUUUGGUAGCCUCUCCUUCUCUACAAGCUGCUGCUGAGAAAAGCAAAUUGGAGAAAGAAAAGGAAAAAAAAAAAGAAGAGAAAAAAAGAGAAAAGGAACCAGAAAAGCCUACAAAACCUCUUACAACUGAAAAGGUACAGAAGAAAGAAGAUCAGCAAUUAGAGCCUAAAAAGAGCACCAGCCCUAAAAAAGCUGCAGAGCCGACUGUUGAUCUUCUAGGACUCGAUGGUCCUGCUGAGGCACCAGUGACCAAUGGGAACACAACCACAGUGCCAGCUCUGAAUGAUGAUCUGGACAUCUUUGGACCAAUGAUUUCUAAUCCUUUACCUGCAGCUGUCAUGCCUCCAGCUCAGGGGACGUCCUCUGUACCAGCAGCCACCACUGUGUCUACAGUAACAUCUGGAGAUCUGGAUCUGUUCACUGAACAAACGACCAAGUCAGAAGAGGUGACAAAGAAACAGCUCUCCAAAGACUCCAUCUUGUCCCUGUAUGGCGCAGGGGCCGUGCAGCCACAGAGCACUCCUGGUGUAUUUAUGGGACCCACAAAUAUACCAUUUACCUCACAAGCACCGACUGCAUUUCAAGGUUUUCCAUCAAUGGGUGUACCUGUGCCUGCAGCUCCUGGCCUUAUGGGAAAUGUGAUGGGACAGAGUGCAAACAUGAUGGUGGGCAUGCCCAUCCCCAAUGGGUUUAUGGGGAAUGCACAAACUGGUGUGAUGCCACUGCCUCAGAAUGUGAUUGCCCCCCAAGGAGGAAUGGUAGGACAGAUGGGUGCACCCCCGAGUAAGUUUGGCCUGCCACAAGCUCAACAGCCCCAGUGGAACCUGUCGCAGGUGAACCAGCAGAUGGCUGGCAUGAGUAUGGGCACUGCGAGCCCCGCGCUGGGCUUUGCCCAGCCCCCCAACACCACAGCAGGAUGGUCUGGAGGCUCAUCGGGUCAGACUCUCAGCACACAGCUGUGGAAGUGA